CAAAAUGGCGACACAUGGCAGAGUUUCGGGUUGGCCGAGGAAAAGUGGACAGCCUGCGGGCAGCACUGGCGCUUCUUUCGGAGCAAAGUAUUCAGGAUCAGUAGCAAUGACGCUUGAAAGAACAAUUAAUCUGUAUCCACUCAACAAUUACACAUUUGGAACGAAGGAGCCUCUGUAUGAGAAGGACAGCUCGGUGCCAGCGCGCUUCCAGCGGAUGAGGGAGGAGUUUGAAAAGAUCGGCAUGCGUCGCUCUGUGGAGGGGGUGCUCAUUGUACACGAACAUGGCCUACCUCAUGUUCUACUCCUGCAGCUUGGAACUACUUUCUUCAAACUACCUGGAGGAGAACUGAACCCAGGGGAGGAUCAGGUCGAUGGUCUCAAGCGGUUACUGACAGAGACGCUUGGGAGGCAGGAUGGAGCCCCUAUGGACUGGUUGAUUGAAGACACAAUUGGCAACUGGUGGAGACCAAACUUCGAACCCCCACAGUACCCCUUUGUGCCACCUCAUAUAACCAGACCCAAAGAACACAAAAGCUUAUGCUUGGUGCAACUGCCGGCCCAAGCUUUAUUCGCAGUACCUAGGAACUACAAGCUCGUCGCAGCACCAUUGUUUGAGUUGUAUGACAACGCAGCAGGCUAUGGUCCCAUCAUCUCAAGUUUACCACAAGCUCUUGGCAGAUUCAAUUUCAUCUACAACUGAUCUUUGAACAUAAUCUGAGAGAAUCAUCUUUGCACAUACAGCUGUGGAUCAGUGGUUACCAUGGCAACAAAAAAACGACACUGCCACUGUUGAGGCUCAGGUGUUUGUAAAUGGAGAAAGCAUUCAGCGUGGCUUUUUGCUACAAGCAUGCUUUACUUUUUCUUGACUUACGAUACAAGUAAAGAUGAAGCUGAAAGGGAAUGUCAUUGCAAUCUCGUCUUGGACUCAGUUUUCAUGUAAUGAUUUUGGUAUCUCAUAACCAGCUUCUUGGCUGGUAUGGUCGAUGAUUCUGUUUGUAAAAAGUCCUUUUAAACAAAGUUAGCCAUGGAUGUAUGUUUGAAAUGUUGUCUGUAUGUUUUCUGAACUGUUAGUUUGAUUUUUGUUUGAUUUACGAUCAGAGCAUUAAUCAAACUAUAUUUUUAUGCAUGCUUACAGUCCUAUGAAUCAUUGACUUCAGUAGGAUGGCUUUAAGUUCAAAUAAAAUGUAUUUGAAAAAUAUCAGUAUGAUCUUCAUUUAACAACAAGUUGUUUUAAGGUAACUAUGUGUAUAGUUUUUAAAAAUUUUAGAAUCUUAGUGUAAUGUUUAGUGGUAUGGGAAAAUGUUGAUAAAGAUGAAAUAUGUGAGGGUGAUGAUGUGCAAGGGUGGAUGUUCAGCCCCACGUGUAUAGCUGUGUUCACUGUAGAUUCUUCCAUGUACCAGACAGGUCCUGCUCCAUCUAUACAGUAUUCAUGGGGGACAGAGUAUUAGAAGGGAUCAGUCUGGAUAUAUGGGAGAUGUGUCAUGCCUAGAUGAAUAACACCUGGCAGACGUGUCAUGCUAAGAUGAAUGACACCUGGCAGAUUAGUUAUGCUAAGAUGAAUGACACCUGGCAGAUUAGUUAUGCUAAGAUGAAUGACACCAGGCAGAUUAGUUAUGCUAAGAUGAAUGACACCUGGCAGAUUAGUUAUGCUAAGAUGAAUGACACCUGGCAGAUUAGUUAUGCUAAGAUGAAUGACACCUAUGAGACAAGUCAUGCCUAGGUUAAUUCCUCUGGGAGACUAGUUGUGUCCUGAUGGGUUAAAUCUGGAAAAUUAGCUUUGAUGGAUGACAUAAGUCUAGCUGUGCCUAGAUUGAACACGCCAGGGAAACUAGUCAUAUUAAAUGAAUUAUAAAUAUGAAACCAGCCUUGCCUAGAUGGGUGACACCACAGCGACUAGUUGUGGAAUUUGAGUGGCCUACCCAAACUUGAAUGUUAUAAGCAUUACACACCAUCUUAUUCAUGUAUAUGAAGCAUUCAAUGUUCAGAUACAAUCCACUCACUCACUCAUGCCAUCCACAUCUGAGAAACUAUGUGGCUGAAAUCCAAGGGUAGACAUGCAUCUACAUUAUCCUCUUUGUAAUGAUGACAUACCGUAAUGUAGGGCAGUACCCACAAGUGGUUAUUGGUUUUGUUUGUUUCUCUUCAGUGAAAAAAAGGACAUCAUACAUUAAUCAUGAAACACAUUAGUAUUUCAUUAAGUCUGAGAAGUUCUCUGAGUCCGGUGGUGCAAUACCUGUGAUACUGUCAGGUAAAGGAGGAAAUGUGUGUCUCAUGCUGGAAGCUCACAAGUUUCAAGCAAUCCAGUAUCAAAACAUAUAUUUUGUAAUUAUGGAUAGACUUAUUGUCUGAAAUAGUUCAAAACCAUUCUAUUUUUGGAACGAUUUUCUUCUUCUUUUAUAUCUCAUUUCUUUGGAAACAAAUUGAUGUGAAAUGGUUAACUUUUUAGCAGAUUUCAGAAUUCUAAAACAUCUUAUUAUAUUUCAUUAAGAACCUCCCUGGGUUGGCUUUACGUUUUGCCGAUUCCUGUCUGUAUCACACGCUUGUAUUACACUUAUAUGUUUGCCAUGGGAAUCUGUCCACAGUGGACUUUGUAUAUAUCUGGAUGUCAUUUUGUCCAAGCAUUUCUCAUGCCUCUUCAUUUUAAAUGAUCAUGUACACUACCAUUUGAGUUUUACACAUUAAAAACUGAUUAACUAA